ACCAGACUAAUCUGAAAUUCUUACUCGGGGUGUAUCCUGCCGCACGGACGGAGUGAUCCAAUAUAGUGCCACAUUACAAUUGUAUCAUGCACUUUUAGCUUUUUGUCACGUAUAGCUUGCAAUGUUGCAUUUUACCUCAACACGGCAGUCAUUUGAUAAUAAUCAAUCUGUGUUUGUUUAUUAUGUCAAACCCGCGUGCUGUCUAUUUGACCAGACCAGACAGUGUGCAGGUUUAGGCGAGAGACCUACGGAACGGGAGACCCUGCGGAACAUCUCGAGAAGACGACGUUGCUACGUGCUAGGCUAGCUAGGAGCCAACGAUAGAUACCCACUUAGGUGCGUGUUGGAGGGACAUAUAAUAACACACCAUUGAAGAUUGUUUUAAGUUAACUAGCACGGUUACUCAAUAAUGCCCAGCAAAAAGAAGAAAUAUAACGCCAGAUUCCCUCCGGCCAGGAUUAAGAAGAUCAUGCAGACUGAUGAAGAGAUAGGCAAAGUGGCUGCCGCAGUUCCUGUCAUCAUAUCACGAGCUCUGGAGCUGUUCCUGGAGUCUCUCCUGACGAAAGCCUGUCAAGUCACCCAGUCCCGGAACGCAAAAACAAUGACAACGUCACACUUAAAACAGUGCAUUGAGCUGGAGCAGCAGUUUGACUUCCUGAAGGACCUGGUAGCAGCAGUGCCAGACAUGCAGGGCGAGGGAGAGGAGAACCACGCAGAGGGGGGGGAAAAAGGUGCACGCAGAGGUCGAAAGCCGGGGUCAGGCCGCAAGAACGGAGGAGCCCGCUCCAAGGGAAAAGACAAGAAGCUAUCAGACACAGAGUCGGAGCAAGAGGAUGACUCUGAGGAUAGCGAGACAGAUGGGGAUGAGGAGGACGGUUCUCAGUCAAGCACAAACCUGCAGCCACAAUCCCGAUUCCACAGCCCAGACACCAUACCACCUCAGUACCUCCACAUGGGCACCGCACAGGGGGGCCUGGCCAUGUCCCUAGGCUCCUUUGCCCCCCACCCCUCGCUGAUGGGCACCGCACCCCCGCCUCCCCCAUCCAUGCCGCACAAAGACGAUGACGACGACGAUGAAGACUAUGACUCUUAGCUCCCCCCGCUCUUUUUUACCUUUCAUUUUCUCAUAAGUUGUUCUCUUGUUUGGCUGCAUUGACAAAGAGUUGGGUCUGGGGAAACGCUCACAUGCAGCUCAUUGUUCAGGAAAAGGCUACAACUGUCAGUAAGGCUCGUAGACAUGACAGCUGCCACCACUGAAGAUGAGAGUAAUCGGUUGUAUAUUAUGUUUUAAUUAUAAUUUUUUUCUUAUUUUAUUGUGGAGAGAAUUUGAACCAGGUUGUUUUUUUAAGACAGGUGGUCGUUCUAUUUGGACUACACACACAAAAACCAGUUGAUGCGUCAAAGGCUCUGGCCUGGCCUAAGGACAGGUUUGAUUAUUCAGUCCCAUUGUAGUUUGCACUUUGGUUAUUCUCUCUCUGUGUUUUCUGUUUGCGACAUUGGUGUUCAAAGAACAUAUCACUCCAUUUCCGCUUUCAAUGUCUGCUCAAGUUAGUUUGUGGAUCUCAACCGAACCCCUGCGCAGCCUAACAGCCUCAUAGAAUACUGUACACACAGACACCUACUUGAUGAUUUCAGAGCAGCAGUAAGUCAUAUUUUAAAAGUGAUCAGCACUUACCUAUAGGAAAAGGAGAUGAGGUUUAUUGUCUGUGAGGAUUAUCAUGAAUUUGGCAGAGUGGCAGGUCAUCCUCUCCAACUAGUUUGAUUGUUAGGCUACAUAGGCCCUCAACAAAUGGGUAAGGAGAUGUAUUUUACGAAAGGUUAUGAAUUCUUGUCAAUGCAUUUUUUUCCCUUUUUAAUUAAACUUUUUAUGACAAUUUAUCCUCAUGAAGACCUUGACCGUUUGCUUACUUCAACCAUAUUCAAAUGUAAUUAUGCUAAUGUUUACAACUCCAAUGGGAUGUUCUUGUUUGUUCAUUUGAAAUUUGGGUGACAAGUCACUACUUUGGAGGUAUGACAUGAAAUAGGAUGUUUUGUUACUCCCCCCCCCCAAAAAAAUCUCUUGAAGACAAAAGUGUCUGUGCUGGCUAUUCUUAUCUGAAAGAUACUGUGACGCUCCUGAAGCAUAACUUUGUUUUUAAAGUUGUUAAACCCCUACCCCUUCUCACCUAUAAUUUGUUUUCAAGAAGAUAUCGUACCCCCCCCCCACUUGGAAUAAAAUGAGCCUUUGUAUUACGUGUUGUUCUUUCUCUCUUUUUAGAUUGUUUUAAUGUCUGUCUUGAUAUGAAAUGUUUAAAGGUAGGCAGUUAAACUUGAUGCUGUAUGUAAACUUUAACAUUCUUUUUAUUUUGUAUGGGUGAAAUAAAGUUCAGAUUUCAAUAAAACACUGCUAACUUUUUCAA